AGGGCACAGUUUAUGUUUAGAUUAUAGCGUGUAUUUAAUGUUUAUACCCCCUGGCUUCAGUCUGUUGGAAACAUUCAGGCUUUAAAGGGGUUUUAAAAGGAUUUUUCUUGAAUAUUAUCCCUUUUUUUUUUGCUCCACUUCCCCUGCUUGAGUCCUUGUCUCCGCCCACACAUUCCUGUGUGUCUGGGCUGUUCGAGUAGAAGGAAAAGGGGAAAAAGAGCAGGCUGGAAACAGUCUGUGGACCUCGAACCGGAGAGGAGAUGAUCCUAAACAAUAACAUUUCUCAGCCUGUGUCCUACCUGUGAGAAAGCAGCUGUUUACAAAGACCAGCUCUCAAAUCAUUGCCCUGAAUCACACAAGUUACUUUGAACUUCUAUUUUUUUUUUUUUAAGUUUUCAAUUUUUUGGGUUUUUUUUAACUUUAGUCCCUGUUGUGGAAGCCAGAAAAGAGAGCAAGAAGGAGCAGGCAGGAAACAUCAUGGAGAUCCUGGACAGCAGCGAGUCGUUUCUUCAGUGGGACAGAAACCUGAGUGAGCUGUCUGAUUCCGGGGAGCUGGACUCUGUGCUCUACGCCAAUCACUUCUCUGAGCUCUUGGACGAACUCUCCCCAGAUGCUUUGCUGGGCCAGCUGCUCAGCGACCCCUUCCUGUCUGAGGACAAAGACGGCGUGGAGUCCAUGGAGGGGGAGGACGGCGGUGAGCUGUCCCCAUCCUCGCCUCUGCCCCCCCACAUCACCGCCGAACACAGCUACUCGCUGUGCGGCGACAGCCGCCCUCAGUCGCCGCUGUCGCACCUGACCGGAGAGCAAGGCAGCGAAGCAGAGUCAGAUGGAGACUCCCAUGAAUGGGCCAUGGAGCAGGAUGAGGCCAUCGAGGGCCUCCUUUGUGAGACUCCAUCUCUGUGCCCCACUCUCUCGCUCUCUCUGGCCUCCAACGAGGACCCUCGUGGACCUGAGGGUCCUGCUUUGGUCCCCGUGGCUCCAACAGUAGUCAGCAGCAUCAUCAACCAAGGCAAAGCCAUCAAGCUUAAGCAGGAGAAAAUCAUCCCUGAGAUUAAGCUGGAGCCGCACGAAGUGGAUCAGUUCCUCAAUUUUUCACCCAAAGGCCUGGAGCCCGUGCAGAUGCCUCCCACUCCUCCCAGUUCCCACGGCAGUGACUCAGAGGGCAGCCAGAGCCCCGUCCACGCCACACCCAGUCUGUCCUGCCCCACCUCCCCCAGCAGCCCAGCUCCAUCUCAGGCCAGCGUGAAGGUGUCUCCCCGCGCUGCUUCCUCCCUGUCCAACUCCCCUCUGCUCACUGCUCCUCAUAAGUUACAGGGGUCGGGGCCGCUAAUCCUGACCGAGGAGGAGCGUCGAACGCUGGUGGCCGAAGGUUAUCCCGUUCCUACCAAACUGCCCCUAACCAAAGCCGAAGAGAAGGCAUUAAAGAAGAUCCGCAGGAAGAUCAAGAACAAGAUUUCAGCUCAAGAGAGUCGCAGGAAGAAGAAGGAGUACAUGGAUGCUCUGGAAAAAAAGGUGGAGACAUGCUCCAAUGAAAACAACGAGCUACGUAGGAAGGUGGAAACUCUGGAGUGCACAAACAAAUCUCUGCUGCAGCAGCUGCAGGCUCUACAGGCGAUGGUGGCAGGAAAAAUCCAGAAGACGUGUAGGAUGGCUGGCACUCAGACAUCAUCAUGCUUAAUGGUGGUCGUAUUGUGCUUCGCUCUGUUUCUGGGGAGUUUUUAUCCGAGAAGCUUCACUCUGUCUUCAGGCAUCACCGAAAUGGACACAGCCACCAAACAGAUACCUGAAUCCUACACGGCUACAGUGAAAUCCAGGAGUUUGCUGUCUGCCUUCGAGGACGAGCAGCCGCACCUCCUGGGCCUGGGCGGCGAAUAUCCCGAGCAGUGGGAGGAUGCUCCGGCCGUCGUCAUGGCAGCGUGGCGCCGUUCAGAGCAGCAGAAGAUCAGCUUGGAGCCAAGCAGGGUGGAGACGCACCUGCCUUUUAGGAACAAAAGCAACAACACACAGAAGAACCUGCUGCUAGACCUGCACAGGUCGCAGAGGGCAAACAGGAGUAGCAGUAAGGUUUUAGAGCUGGAUCGAUUGGUCAACGAGACCUCGUGAGGUCUGAUUUCGCCCCCUCCCAAAAGAUGAGUUUCCUUCUUCUGAAGCUUUUUCAAGUGUCCUGAGGCAAACCUCCUCCAGCAGCGACCCCUGUUGGCUCACUAAGGUCCGACGCCACCUCUGCUCUAUCAAAUAUACUCAAAUUCUAAUAACAAAGAGGCACUGGCUGCUUUGUAUUUCUGAAUUAAAGUUGCACUGAUGGUUUCCGACUUGAGAUAAAAAAUUCAGAGUAGUGUGGUGUUUAUUCCAGAGGAAAUAAUUUUAAAACUCGACUUUUUACAGGACACUGAUGACGACACGUGUAUUUAUAGAAACUUUUUGUCUUUUUUGUUGCUAUAAUUUUUUUUAUCCCAUUUCUUAAAUGCAUUCAUCCCAUUUGAUACUAGCUUGUGUUCAUACUUUUAUUUUACCAUUUUAUUUGUACUCUUUUUAUAUUAUAUAUGUUGUUCAUAUUUAUGUUUCUGGGGUAUUUGUUUUCAGUCUCGUUAAGAAAAACAAAACAAAAAAUCUAAAUUAAUAUUGAGGUUUUUUUUUUUUUUUCAAUUUUGGGUUCAUGUUUUUCCCCUGUUUUGCUCAAUAAAUGCAAAAAAGUGGAGAAAAAACAAUAUUUCUGCCCUAUUUCAGCCCAUCUGUAGCUUUAUAUUCCUAACGAGCUAUUUAGGUUUCUGUUUAGUUAGAUUUGCCACUUUGAAAAUAAAAAGACAGUUAACUAACCAUCUUAAUCAAGCAUUUGCCAAAAAUACAUCUUAUAAAUGUGGAAAAAAGUUUCUAUUUUUGUAAAUGUGGGUUGCUAAUGAAGGAGGAGAUGUAAAUGUGUCGGGAACGAUCCAUAAUUCAUCCCCUCUCGCUAUUUUGGGCUCAGUUCUGUUGAUAAAUUAUGAACGUCGGCUUUUUGAGCUUUAAAGCAACAUUUUCUCCCUCUCAGCCAGUUCAUCACUAAAGACGUUGAUGUGAAGCAGUGAUGAUCGUCUCUGUUCGUUGUAUUUCACACAGUCAUUGCCUUUGGAAACAACCUGGUUUCACUCUGUAAAAAUAACUUCUGUGUUUUUGUGGCUCUUUUGUAAAGUCAGCCUGAGCUAGUCUCUGUAUUCUUGCUUUGAAAGUGAAUAAAGUAUUUUGCGUAGUAAAAGCACA